UCAGAGACGCGGAGCGGACUCAGACCUUUUGUCUGCUCUGUGGUGACUCUCCAACAACACCUCGGCUCUGUUUCAUUCUUCGCAGAGACGAAUCGCGGGACCUUCUGCAACGUUUACUGGUGAAGAUGAGCUGCUGCACACAAACAAGUUCAUAAUUAAGCUCAAGGAAUCAUUGGCGCCAUGCACCAAAAAGCACCCUAAUUUUUCACUUAAUUUCUUGGAUCAAUUUUUCUCAAUCACAAGUAAAUAAGAGCACGUGCUACGACAUGGGGGACUCCAAUAUCAGCCACAUAGUAGCAGCUUAUACAGAGACGCAGGAGAAUCUCCCAGCAGGCAAGUUGGAUCAUUACAUGGACACCUACGACAUGGACUACGGCAUCCCUCCUGAUGAGAUCCCAGACACGACACAAGGCCAAGCUUUCUUCGUGGCCACCAUUGUUAUCGGCGUGGUGCUUGUCUGCAUCAUGCUCGUCUGUGGUUUUGGAAACUUCAUAUUCAUCGCUAUGCUGACACGCUACAAGAAGCUCCGCAACCUCACCAACCUGCUCAUUGCAAACCUGGCCAUCUCAGACUUCAUUGUGGCAGUGGUGUGCUGCCCGUUCCUGGUGGACUACUAUGUGGUCAAACAGCUUUCCUGGGAUCAUGGGUUGGUGUUGUGUGCCUCCGUCAACUAUCUCCGGACAGUGUCACUCUACGUGUCCACGAACGCGUUGCUUGCCAUUGCAAUUGACAGGUACAUGGCCAUAGUCCAUCCUCUGCAGCCUCGUAUGAAGUAUCAAACAGCCUACUGCCUGAUAACAGGGGUUUGGAUCGUCCCCAUCCUGAUAUCAAUUCCCUCCGCCUACUUUGCCUCAGAGACCAUGUACCCUCAUGGCGGCACCACCCCAACCACCCACAAAGUCUUCUGUGCCCAGAUCUGGCCUGUGGACCAGCAGGCCUACUAUCGGUCCUACUUUUUGUUUGUUUUUGCUGUGGAGUUUGUUGGGCCUGUGAUCGCCAUGGCAAUGUGCUACGCCCGAAUUUCCCGCGAGCUCUGGUUCAAGAAUGUCCCAGGUUUCCAGACAGAGCAGAUCAGGAAGAGGCUGCGUUGUCGCCGCAAGACAGUGAUGGUCUUGAUCGGUAUUUUGACGGCGUACAUCUUGUGCUGGGCACCGUACUAUGGCUUCACCAUCCUGCGAGACUUCCAUCCAACGCUCAUCUCCCGUCAGAAGAACUCGUUGGUGGCCUUCUACAUCAUCGAGUGCAUUGCCAUGAGCAACAGCAUGAUCAAUACCUUCUGUUUUGUGACUGUCAAAAACAACACGGUUAAAUACCUGAAGAAGAUUGUACUGCUGCGCUGGAGGUCGACCUAUACGCCCACUAAAACUGUGGAUGAGAUGGACAUUAGGACCUCCACCUUGCCUGUAACAGAGGAGAUUGAAUGCAUUCACUUGAGGUGAAGAGAAGAACGUCUUAAUGUAACACUCAUUUAGAUUUGGGCUGUUGAUGUACAGAAAUUAAGUAGUUGAAUGAUAAUUUUGACGUGGGACAUUUCUCUCAUGGUUAAAUCACAUUUUGGAAGGAUAUCAAGCAUCAUGAAGCACAAGGAAAGAUCAAACUGGUAGUGUAGUCUACAUGAUGGGCAUGUAUACACACAUAGAUCCUAAAAAAGCUCCAGGUUUCCAUAUACCCACUAAAAAAUGUACAAGGAUACGUAACAACAUCGUUUUGUGACAGAACUUUCACUUCAGCUAUUUGUUUCCGCAAGGGGUAAACAGAUGUGACAGCAAACUGAGCAAAAGCUGCAGACCAUGCAGAGACUCGUCAUCAUUCCCUCCCCCCAUGCAGCUGCGUGCAGUGUGUAGUGUCUGCAGAGCAAGUGUGUGGUCAAACGUGUGUACGAGAGAGAGUGACGGUGGAUACGCCCAGAGCAGACAGCUGUUGGCCAUUGGAGCAAAGAGGGAAUUAGCUGUAAAGUUGUGAGGUGGUAGUAAAUGUACAGUGUAGGUUUCAGUUUGUCUUUGAUGAAACAGUCAAGACCCAGGUAAAGUCCUUGUGUUUUGCUUCUUAAGUGCUGGGUGAACUGAAGUUAGGAAGCAUCAACCUCUGCCCUGGAGGUUAAACCAUGUCUCCUUGUUGCCUAGCCACCUUGUGAAGCACAGUACGUACUGCAUUCCCAUAUGGAGCUUUUAGUUUGACUGUAACCUAACCUUGUUUAUUUAUUUUUUAUUUAGAGCAAUACUGUGGGAAAAACUAAAUCUGUCAGUUUACAUACCUUAAUAUUUUCUACAAUAUCUCCCUCUCAAGACACAGCUGAUAUGACUGUUAUUACAGGAACUAUCCAUCCCAGCAUAUAAAGCACAUGUUCAUAUAGUUUAUAUAUACAUGACAGGAGCAAGAUUUUAGACAUAACUCACAAUAUUAACUCAUAAUCCUAUAGACAUACAGUUCAUAGUCCAAAGCGUUUAAAUCUCCCCAGCUCUAAAUGUCCUUGGCUGUUACAGUGUUGUGUUGGUUACAAUAAAUUGUUUCAGGAUGUUUCAUCCUGGUAACACACACUCAAUCUCUUUGAAUUGCCUCAGUUAUGUGUGAAUGCAUGUACUCUAUGUCAGUAUGGUGGUUUAUGGGGUGUUGCAUUGGGUCAAAUCCUAGGGCUCCGAUCAAGAGAAUGUGUUUUGGAAGCCUGGGGUGGCUUUUUAAAAUGGUUUUCAGUGAGAGUUAGCCGUUUUGCACGCUGCUUUUAAGUUGCUGAGUGCCACAUGUUUUAGUGCUCAAAUGCACUCAACACAAGCGCCCAAUGUCAUUUUUCUUAUUGUCCAAUCAGAUUUAUUAAGAGGCAGCCUUCUGUGGUGGCUAUGACAAGUGGUAGGAUGCAAUAUUGGCCCUGAUCACACAGAAAGCGUUUUGCAGGUUGCAAAAUGCGAGGUGCAGCAUACUGCCUUUUUUUGUUUUUAAAUUAAAUGCCAUCAGUUAAAAAAACUGCACCUUUUUAAUUGUUGCCAGGCAACUACCCUAUCACCUCCUUACACAAUAUCAUUUUUUCGUUUUCGUUGUUGUUUUCACAGUAAUUAAUAGCUGGUUACUAAAGUGGACAGGAAGAGGGUACUUGCUGUAGCUCUGGUUUAGGGUUAGAGGCUGUCAGUAAAUAGUCUGUUAGGCACAGGGAAGUGGAGAUCAGUGUGGGUACAUGAGACCCUAAAAAGGAGGGUGGAUCAUGGGAAGUACCACCAGUUGGUCCAGGAGCUUCGCAUCCA